AUGCAGUUCAAAGUCUUCCUCACUCUCGCUGCUACCGCCGCCGUCGCCUCCGCUCUUGUCCCCGCCGACCGCCGCGACGACGCGGUCACCGGUACCCCCUCUUUCACCACCUUCUUCACCACCCAGACGUUUACCGCGUCUCAAGUCUUCCCGGUCUUCCAAGAGGUGGCCCCCUUCGUCACCACUCAGACGACCAUCACCACCUGGACUGUCUCCCGCACGGUCACGAUGGCCGCCACCGGCACCUCCGCGUAA